AUGAGGCUUCUUUCAAUCUUCACUUUCGCAUCUGCGGCCCUAUGGGCGGCUGCUGAAGUCAAGCAUGGUACCAUUGGGUAUGGCAUCAACAUGUACCAUCCCUGGUGCUGCACGGCGUGUUCCGACGUACUCUCGAGCCUCUUCCUGAACUGCACCACGUUCGAUGACAUGUCACACGAAGGCCACGGGAUGAAGAAGCGGAUGGCGGGUAUGGAAGGGCCUAUGGGUACGACUUCGCCGGAAUGCUAUGCUAGCAGUGAUGUGUGGCUCGAGACUUUUAGCUAUUGUGUGAAGUCGCAUUGCGACGCCGAAGGUGUAUCUGAAGACAAGCAAGAGAAGUGCUGGCAGCUCAAAGCAGCUGGUGGUCUUGCAGUUCCAACCCUCAAAGAAUCACAACCUCCAAAUCCGCCAACAGAGGAGGUCGCCGACGAUGCUGAGUGGCUAAAUUCGACCAUGCUGGCCAAUGAAGCGUCUUGGACCUCUGACCGGGGCACCAUCAUGGAGUUUGAGAAAUCAGAGCAGGAUCAUGUCAUGUUCUCUAUCAUCAUAAUGAGUCUCGCAGUCGGCAUUCCUGUCUUGGCUGGACUAUGGCUCAUGGUCAGCGCUUCUCGUCAAAGCACACUCUUCCACAGCAUCCGCUCCUACUUCUCGCUGCCAGCACUGUUUGGUUGGAGACACUCCCAGCCUCUACGCUGGGAUAUCGGCUAUGUUCCCAAUCGCGCAUUGUCCUCUGUUCUCGCCGUCUACAUCCUUCUGAACAUCGUCUUCAACUGCGUACGCUUCCGAAGUGUCCAACCCAGCACAUGGUUCGCCACCCGUGAUGCAGAAAUAGCAGCAUACGUCGGUAAUCGAGCCGGAGUCUUGUCAUUUGCCAACAUGGCACUUGCAAUUCUGUUCAGCGCACGCAAUAACCCGCUGUUGUACUUCAGUGGUUGGAGUCAGAACACCUUUCUAGCCCUCCAUCGCUGGGCUGCUCGUAUUGCUAUCCUGCAAGCCAUUGUCCACUCGAUCAUCUACACAGCCGACUACGCGCUGUAUAUGGACGAAAACACUCUCGCUGACGAAGCGAAGAAGCCUUAUUGGUGGUGGGGCAUCAUUGGAACAACGGCCAUGGGCUUAAUGGCGGGCGCUUCGAUAUUGCCCCUUCGCAAGUGGGCUUAUGAGGUUUUUCUGGUUGUUCACAUCGUUCUUGCGAUCGUCUCGCUUGUUGGCUGUUGGUACCACAUUGACAUUCGCUAUGAAAAGAACUGGGGAUACGAAGUUUGGUUAUACCUGGCCUUUGCCUUCUGGGCCUAUGACCGCCUCGUGCGUCUGGCAAAACUUGUUUUCUAUAGCUUCCUUGGCGGCACCAGCCACGGCCAAGUCGAAGCCGUCCCGGGCACUGACAACAUCAUCAGCCUGAAGCUCUAUCCUGCUCGGUGCUGGCGCGCAGUUCCAGGCCAGCAUACAUUCGUCUAUUUCCCUUCCCUUGGCCGCUUCUGGGAAAAUCAUCCCUUUACCAUCACCGGUUGGGGAAUCGAUCGAUUGUCAGUGGGCUCAUCCAACAGCAGCAUCGUUGAGACUUCGUCCGCAGAAGAGAAGCACUCAGACAAAGGUACAACUGUCACGACCACGGCCAUUCGUCAGCCUCUUCAUAUCGACAGCUUCUACGUUCGUUUCCUCUUUCGUGCGCAUGGUGGCACCACAGCGAAGCUGUACAGGGCGCUUGCCAACCACUCACCACCGACUGUUCUUUCAGAAGGCCCGUAUGGAGGGCAUAGCCCCGUCACACGGAGUCUGCUCAAGCAUGCUGAGCAUGUGGUGAUCAUCACAGGCGGCAUCGGCAUUACAUUUGCAGCGGCGUAUGUACAGCAGUUUGCAGAGGAGCGGAAGCAUGGGGCUAUAGGCAAAGAAGUCGUGCCCAAGUGCCAACGGAUGAUGCUUGCAUGGUCCGUCCGUGAACGCGGACUGCUGGAGUAUGCCCGGCGGGAGCUGCUGCCAACCGCUACUGGUGCCGGAAGAGCGGAGGUGGAAUAUCGCUUUUGGGUUACAGGUGGGAGUCCGCACGCGGAGCCAAAAGCGAACAGCGGUGUGUUUGAAACCGACGGGCAGCGAAUGGAUAUUGCGGCAACACUGGGAUCGGCAUUGGUCAAGAGGAAGAAAACGCUUGUGAUGGUCUGCGGGCCUGGUAGUAUGGCUGACGACGUUCGAAGGGAGGUCGUCCGGUGUUCGAAGCAGGGUUACGAUGUUGAGCUAUCGGAAGAGAGCUUCACAUGGUGA